CGUAAGAUGAGCGGCCGCAACCGACGCAGCACCAGCAGCACCAGCACGUCCGGCGAAUCGGGCAAGGAUCCACUGCUAACCUUCGACCAACGGUUGCAGGCGAACGCACGGGAGCGCUACCGUACGCACAGCAUUGCUCGGUUGGAUGUUUACAGCGUUAACUCGGCGUUCAACAAUCUGCGCCAGCUGAUACCGACGGAACCGCACAAUCGGAAGCUGUCCAAGAUCGAAACGUUACGGCUGGCGAAGAGUUACAUCUCGCACCUGAUCGCGGUACUGGUCACUGGGAACGGUCAGCGGCCGUGCGUCGACACAAUCAACCAAGAGUCUACCCUCGGGCGGGACGAACCGGACACGUCCACCGCGUACCGGCAAUCAAUCUGCACGUUUUGUGUCACGUUCGACAAGUGCUAA